AGUUUUCAGCAGAGCAGCAAGAAAAAAACAUCCAGUUCAACAAGAGACGAACUGUUGGAGGAAAAUAAUUCAUCUGACAACAAAGAUGCAGUGGAGUCUAAUUCUGCUCUUUCUGAUGGGUCAGUGUUGUUUCAGCGACUGUCAGCUCUAUGAGUAUCUCUACAUUAAAGAGAAAAAGACCUGGACUGAAGCUCAGCAGUACUGCAGAGAGAAACACACUGACCUGGCCACAGUGUCUAACAUGAGAGACAUGAAGAGACUCCUCAACAUCUCAGCAGGAGGUCAGAGGGAUGUUUGGAUUGGUCUCUAUGAUUCAACAAAUGUCAACAGAACAUGGUACUGGUCUCUGCUUGGAGUGGAGUUCAAUGAAAGUGAGACAAACUGGAACACAGGAGAACCGACUGAUAAACAAAAUUCAGGAUUUGAGAACUGUGGAUUUCUGUAUAAAAAUCUCACAUGGGCAGAUACUGGUUGCCAACAUGACAGAUAUUUCCUCUGCUACGAUGAAACUAAUAGAACACAGAAAUAUCACUUGAUUAGAGAGAAGAAGACCUGGCAGGAAGCUCAGAGUUACUGCAGAGAGAAACACACAGACCUGAUCAGUGGACUGAAGCAGCUACAGGAUGAAGAACUGAAGAAUGUGAUGAAAUCUGCAGACAAGGAACCAUACUUUGGUCUGUUCAGAGACACCUGGAGGUGGUCAGAUGGAAGCAGUUUCUCUUUCAGACACUGGAAUAAUGAUCUUAACAAUCAGCAACUCAACAGUGGUCAAUAUGCGGCUGCAUUUAAUGAUGAAGGCAGAUGGAAAAAUGACAGCUGUGCCCUGACUAAACCCUUCAUCUGUUAUGAUGAUAAAGUGAUCCUGAUCAAAGAAAAUAAAACCUGGGAGGAUGCCUUAUAUUACUGCAGAGAUCACUACCAUGACCUGGUCACCAUCACCAACAAGAAUGAGCAGAGAUGGGUCCAGGAGAAAGCCAAGAACGCCUCGACUGAUCAUGUCUGGAUGGGUCUGCGCUACACCUGCACUCUGGAUUUCUGGUUCUGGGUCAGCGAUGAGGUGGUCAGCUAUAAGAACUGGGCCUCAGAUGCACCGAUGGAUGACUGUGACAUGUCUGGAGCCAUGGAGACAAGAGGAGAACAUAAGUGGAGAAAGAAAAAUGAUAUUGAGGAGUUUAACUUCAUCUGUUCUAAGGAUUAAGUUCUUCUUCUUCUUCAGUCUGCCUUUUUGCUGCAAUUUACUGUUAAAUAAAUGUUUUGCUUUAGGUCAAAUAAUUACUUUGAAUAUAAAAUAGUUUUUAUUCCCAAACCUCGUUAACUUGAUGCUCGCCUCUAAAGAAAGUCUAAGAGUUUCCAUAGGUCAGAACCUAACAUCUAAUAUGGAUGAACUUGAUUGUUGUUUCCAUGAUGGUUUUUGAAUGUUAACAAGACAGUUUUAAUCUGAAAAGAUGAGUUUAAAACACAAAUCUUCAUCAGCUGUUAGUUUAUUAUUACAUGUAUUGCUCUUGCUUGGAAUUACUUCAUAACUUUAUAAUUGUGAUUUGGGGUGAAAAUGGU